AUGGCGUGCUCGGAGGCAAAUAAGCUGAUGGUACCUGAAAAGAUUUUUGAGAUGCAGACGGUAAGGAUCAGGGAGGCUCUCGGCCGGGAUCACGAAUUCGUGUUUGUAAACGGCACGGUCUCAACCGAGCCCGACGUCGGUGCCGAUGCGAUCGCCGACGAGUUUUUCGGUUAUGUCGCCCAUGAUGCAGAUCAAGAUCGAGAGCUCUGUGACAAUAUGAUCGAGUUCGUCGAGAGUCAAGGACCGUUCGAUGGGUUUAUGGGAUUUUCCGAAGGCGGUACAGUAGCCGCAAUGAUGCUUGUAGAAGACACCAGGCAUGGUUCAUUUGGCGGUAUCAAAUGCGCUGUGUUUUUCUGCGCCGCUUUACCCUUCGAUCCCGACCAGGCUCGAACUGGCGUAAUCCGAUAUAUCGAUCCCGACACGGAUGGGGUUCUCCUGACGAUUCCGACUGCUCAUAUCUGGGCCCAAACUGCCGGGGCACAUGAAAUUAAAGUUCAUCAGUCUCUAACCCAAAUCUGUGAUGAGAAAGUCAGGGAAGUAUUUCUUCACGACCUGGGUCACGAUGUACCGGGGGCAAAAUCGGACAAGGGGUUAGCUGGAGCUCUCCGAGCCAUUGAACACGUGAUUGAGAAUGCUAUGGACAGUACCAGAUAA